AUGCAGUUCAAACUUUCGAUGGAAGUGGAAAACCAGACCACAACUGUAACCUCUUUUGUUUUCUUGGGAUUUUCAUACGACACAACAAUCCAAAAUUUCCUCUUCUUCAUAUUCUUCUUUAUAUAUGUAGUAACACUAAUGGGAAAUAUUACAAUUAUGACGGUAAUAAGGGGCAACAGUAACUUCAACAGCCCAAUGUACUUCUUCCUGAGCCAUCUGUCAUUUAUAGACAUCUGCUUUUCUUCCAUCACAGUGCCUAAACUGCUAGACAAUGUUUAUGGAAGCCAAGCAAUUUCAUACAAUAGCUGCCUCACCCAGAUGUUUUUUAUCUUAUUGACAGGAACCACUGAAUGUUUCAUUCUUGCUGCAAUGGCUUAUGACCGAUACGCUGCCAUCUGCAAGCCUCUGCAUUAUGUACAAAUCAUGAACAGAGCAUUUUGUAGAUGGCUGGUGGGUGGUGUCUGGGCAAUAAGUUUCUUUCAUGCCAUGACAAAUACAUUACCUAUAUUGAAACUCGUGUUUUGUGGUCCAAACAUUAUCCAGCAUUUCAGCUGUGAACUUCCAUCUUUACUUGUGUUAUCCUGUUCAGAAACUUUCCUGAAUAUCACUGUGUUCUUCAUUUCUGCUUGCAUACUUGCAUUGUUUUCAUUCUUUGUUAUACUAUUGUCUUAUGUCAAUAUUGUCGCUUCAAUCCUGAAGAUCCAUUCAGCGGAAGCUAGAAGAAAAACCUUCUCCACUUGCAGUUCCCACCUCAUUGUUGUGGUUCUGUUCUAUGGUACUGGCUGUCUGAGGUAUAUGAGGCCCAGGUCAGCCUCCUCAAUAAUUAUGGAUGAAUACUUUUCCGUUCAAUACAGCAUUUCAACACCCAUGUUGAAUCCUAUUAUCUACAGCCUAAAAAACAGGGAAGUGAAGGAAGCAAUCAAGAAAGUAAUCAAGAAACAAAUCAAGAAAGCCUCUGAAUUCAUGUGUUACAUAAAAUGGGUAAAAUUAAGAAAACCUGCUAAUAUAUUGGCAGUGAGCUGA